AUGCCUCCCCCUGCAGUAAAGCGUAUUCUAGUUGUCGGCGCCGGCGCGGCGGGCAUGUCCUGCGCGCACCAGCUCGCCCAGCAUCCGGACAAGUUCGAUGUCACGCUCAUAGACGCCGUCGACUAUUGUGGCGGGCAGGCCUUCUCCAUCCCCAUCGACGCCGAGAGGCACGGCGCCAGCUGGCUAAACCAAGGCGUUCAAGGAGGCUCGAACAUCUUCCGCCACACCAUGCACAUGUUCCGCAAGCAAGGGCACGACGUCACUCCGGUCAACUUGCACGUCUCAUUCGGCAAGGGCGACAACUUUUGGACCAACGUCUUUCCAACCGAGCUCGUCGCCAGGCUCCACAAGGACAUCGCGCGCUUCAACACUGCGCUGCGCUGGGUGCGCCGCACGGAGCCUCUCUGGGCGGUCGUCCCGAUCAAGACCUUCGCGAAGAUCUGGCGCUUCUCAGACGAGUUCGUGCUCUCGAUGCUCAUGCCGAGUAUCGCGCUCUUCCUGGGCACGGGCAACGCGACGCCGGACGUACCGACCAUCAUCCUCGAGCGCAUCUUUACGAGUCCGACGUACGGGAUGUGGUAUCCGCCCGACAAGCGCUCGCUUGCGAGCAACGAGCCGCCGAUGGUCGUCUUUCCAGAGUUCGGCGCGUUCUACGGAGACUGGCACAAGGACCUUGAACGGCGCGGCAUCACCGUGCGCCUGAGCACGAAGCUGCUCGAGGUCGUGGAGCGCGACAACAAGUAUGUUCGAGUCAAGCUGCGCGGUGUCGACGAGCGGGAGACGGACGAGGAGUACGACGAGCUUGUCCUCUGCGUUCUCGCAGACACGGCCAAGCGCAUCCUCGGCAAGAAGUCUCGCUGGGUUGAGCGCAAGGUCCUUGGAGCCGCAAAGUUCUCGGACGAUAUCACGGUGACGCACAAUGACACGGCAUACAUGGAGAAGUGGUACACGAAUCGGUUUGACGAGGGUAAGGCGGUCACUACGCUAGGCGAUAGAGAUGAGAGCGAGCGCGUGGAGCGCGGGCGAAAAGAAUUCAAGCCGAUGUACUACAUCAAGCAGACGCCCGCCGACCCGGCCAAGCUCGAGAUGUGCUUCGACUGCUCGAACUAUCAGGCGCAAUUCUCGCGCGACCUUCCAUUUGAGAAGCACGUCUUCCAGACCAUCUUCUUGAAUAAGGCUCACCGUGAGACGUGGUCGUACGACGAAAUAGAGCGAGACAAGAUCAUCCGCGAGGAUUGGUGGCACCAGCUUUGCCAUGCCUGGACCCACUAUGCCUUCGUCGUCCCCUGGAUGUGGCUUCUGAACGGGAAGAAGAGCGUCACCUUCGCUGGCAGCUGGACACUCGUCAACGCGCACGAGGUCGCCGUGCUCUCCGGCAUCGCCGCCGCGCAGCGUCUCGGCGCGGAGUAUCCCAUCGAGCUCGAGCAGGAGGAGGACGGCUUCGCGCUGCUGUGCUUCAAGCUCUACUAUCUGCUCAGCCACGGCAAGUACUAUCGCGGGCGCAAGGGGCUGAAGAAGCUGAAGGGAGACGGGACGGGGACCGGGUUUGGUAGGAAGGGGGACGAACCGCAGGCGACGGAGGGUGAUUCGUCGGUAUCGACGGGCGCGGUGAGGAAGAGCGUGUCGGGGGGAGUUUGA